GACAAAUGCAGAACUGACUAGAACUCCACUUUGAAAGGGCCUAGAAGGUGUCCUGUCAGGAAUUUGGAUUCAAUCAGCACAGAGAAUUGCAGGUGCGGGUCACUUGGGCUGUUAAAAAAUAAGUUAGAUCCACGUGAAUAAGCCAACUCAUCCUAAGGCCAGCUGUUGCUAAUUGGGAUCUAGUCAGGCAUGGCUACUGAAAAAAGUUUAAAAUUAACUAUUGUGAAAAUUUACAUUAAACUCAACGACAGUUUCUAGAAGAAAAUUCGUGAUUCCAAGGGAACACAUUUUCGAAGGAAUUUAGUUCUGACCUCUGAAUGCAAUCAUGCAGUCUCUUUCUCCCUCUACUUGGGGGAGAAGGGAUGGAAGGAGGGAAGAUGUUCUCUUUUCAGUAGGAAGCAGUAAUCUAACCUGUUGUUCGGCCAACAAGUCGAGUGUUCUUGGAGUCUCUGCUUUCUUAGUGCUCUGGGAGUAUGCUAGAAACCUUCGCCUUCUUCCCAAAUCAGAUAAGCAGAAAGUUUGCUCUAGCUAUGAUAAAUGUGUACAAGGCGGAGAUGUUUUUGGCACACACUGUUCGUGAGAAAGACGAUCAUCUUGAAGCCUCCGCAUUUUGCCUGCGCCUUAGAAGCCUCGGGUCCUUGAGUCGCAGGCGGGCGGGCGCCCAGCCUGCCGCAGGCGUUGGUGUAUCCUGGCGCCUUGGGUCGGCCGGUGUCACCUACACGAGUGCCUGGCACGCUUUGUGCCCUCUCCACCUCCGAAUCGCCUCAAUUACAAAUCAGAGAGCAGACCUGGUGACCAAGACUGGCAGGCGCAUUUCAAGAUCCCCUGUUGUGGGGUUGAUCCAUCUCAACUUGAGUCAGAAGAGGCAGAAGUGGAUGUGAGAGAAAGAGACACACAGAGAGACAGAGAGCCAAAGAGGGCAAGAGACUUGACUUUAAGAGACUCCUGUACUGACAACUCCAUGCAGUUCGGAACCAGGACGACUGCGGCUGAACCAGGGUUCAUGGGGACAUGGCAAAACGCUGAUACUAACCUCUUAUUCAGAAUGUCCCAACAGGUUCCACUGGCAUGUGCUGGCAGAGUGCUGGGUGCAGACUUUUGCCCAAACCUGGAGGAGCCAGACCAGAGGCUGGAAGUCCAGGCCAUCCGUUGCACACUGGUAAACUGCACGUGUGAGUGUUUUCAGCCAGGGAAGAUUAACCUGAGGACUUGCGAUCAGUGUAAACAUGGCUGGGUGGCACAUGCUUUGGAUAAACUCAGCACACAGCAUCUGUACCACCCCACUCAAGUGGAGAUUGUGCAGUCCAAUGUGGUGUUUGACAUCAGCAGCCUGAUGCUCUACGGAACGCAGGCAGUGCCCGUGCGGCUAAAGAUCCUGCUAGACCGGCUCUUCAGUGUUCUGAAGCAAGAGGAAGUGCUACACAUACUGCAUGGCCUGGGCUGGACCCUGCGGGACUAUGUCCGGGGAUACAUCCUUCAGGACGCCGCUGGCAAAGUACUGGACCGCUGGGCCAUCAUGUCUCGAGAAGAGGAAAUCAUCACCCUUCAGCAGUUUCUGCGGUUUGGAGAAACCAAAUCCAUCGUGGAACUGAUGGCAAUUCAGGAGAAGGAAGGGCAGGCCGUGGCUGUACCAUCUUCAAAGACAGACUCGGAUAUAAGGACUUUCAUCGAGAGCAGUAACCGCACCAGGAGUCCCAGCCUCCUUGCACACCUAGAGAACAGCAAUCCUUCCAGCAUCCAUCACUUUGAAAACAUCCCAAACAGCCUUGCAUUUCUGCUUCCAUUCCAGUACAUAAACCCUGUCUCAGCCCCACUGUUAGGGUUGCCUCCAAAUGGGCUGCUUUUAGAGCAGCCAGGACUGAGACUGCGAGAGCCAAGCCUUUCAACACAGAAUGAAUAUAAUGAGAGCAGUGAAUCUGAAGUAUCUCCCACACCAUAUAAGAGUGAUCAAACGCCAAAUAGAAAUGCCCUGACCAGCAUUACUAAUGUGGAACCAAAAACAGAACCAGCCUGUGUCUCCCCCAUUCAGAAUUCUGCCCCAGUCAGUGAUCUCAGCAAAACUGAACACCCAAAAAGCUCAUUCCGGAUUCACCGGAUGAGAAGGAUGGGGUCAGCCUCAAGGAAAGGAAGAGUCUUCUGUAAUGCAUGUGGGAAGACAUUCUAUGACAAGGGUACUCUCAAAAUUCAUUAUAAUGCUGUUCACCUGAAGAUCAAACAUCGGUGUACCAUUGAAGGUUGCAACAUGGUCUUCAGUUCCCUUAGAAGCCGCAAUCGCCACAGUGCAAACCCCAACCCACGCCUUCACAUGCCUAUGUUAAGGAAUAAUAGAGACAAAGAUUUAAUUCGGGCUACGUCAGGAGCUGCCACUCCAGUCAUAGCAAGUACAAAAUCAAAUCUCACACUCACAAGUCCUGGCCGGCCCCCAAUGGGUUUUACAACUCCCCCACUAGACCCUGUCUUACAGAAUCCUCUCCCUAGCCAGCUGGUAUUUUCUGGGCUGAAGACUGUUCAACCAGUUCCUCCAUUUUAUAGAAGUUUACUCACUCCAGGGGAAAUGGUGAGUCCUCCGACCUCCCUCCCAACCAGUCCCAUCAUUCCAAGCAGUGGUACCAUAGAGCAGCACCCCCCUCCACCCUCUGAGCCAAUCGUGCCAGCAGUGAUGAUGGCCACUCAUGAGCCCAGUGCCGACCUGGCACCCAAGAAAAAGCCCAGGAAGUCAAGCAUGCCUGUAAAGAUUGAGAAGGAAAUUAUUGAUACGGCUGAUGAGUUUGACGAUGAAGAUGAUGACCCCAAUGAUGGUGGAGCUGUGGUCAAUGACAUGAGCCAUGACAAUCAUUGCCAUUCCCAAGAGGAGAUGAGCCCAGGCAUGUCUGUGAAGGACUUUUCUAAGCAUAAUAGGACCCGGUGCAUUUCAAGAACUGAAAUAAGAAGGGCUGACAGUAUGACAUCUGAGGACCAGGAGCCUGAGCGGGACUAUGAGAAUGAGUCUGAGUCUUCAGAGCCCAAACUCGGUGAGGAGUCCAUGGAAGGAGAUGAACACAUUCACAGUGAGGUGAGCGAAAAAGUCCUGAUGGACAGUGAGAGGCCUGAUGAGAACCACAAUGAGCCUUCUCACCAGGAUGUCAUCAAGGUGAAGGAAGAAUUCACAGACCCCACUUAUGACAUGUUUUACAUGAGCCAGUAUGGACUGUACAAUGGUGGGGGGGCCAGCAUGGCUGCCUUGCACGAAAGCUUCACUUCGUCUCUGAAUUAUGGAAGCCCUCAAAAAUUCUCCCCAGAAGGUGACCUGUGUUCUAGUCCAGACCCCAAAAUUUGUUAUGUGUGCAAGAAGAGCUUCAAAAGCUCCUACAGUGUGAAGCUUCACUACAGGAACGUACACUUAAAAGAGAUGCAUGUCUGUACAGUGGCCGGCUGCAAUGCUGCCUUCCCCUCUCGCCGAAGCAGAGACAGAAACAGAAAUUUACGGAUGGAAAGAACCAUAGGUCCAGGACAUCGAGACAGCCUGCAUCUCCGUAGACACAGUGCCAACAUAAACCUGCAUCGUAAACUGUUGACCAAAGAACUCGAUGACAUGGGCCUGGACUCUUCACAGCCCUCCCUUAGCAAGGACCUCCGGGAUGAAUUUUUGAUGAAGAUCUAUGGUGCCCAGCACUCUAUGGGGCUCGAUGUCAGGGAAGAUGCCUCCUCUCCCGCAGGGACAGAAGACUCCCACCUGAAUGGGUAUGGGAGAGGCAUGGCGGAGGACUACAUGGUCCUUGACCUGAGCACCACCUCCAGCCUCCAGUCCAGCAGCAGCAUCCAUUCCUCCAGAGAAUCAGAUGCAGGCAGCGAUGAGGGGAUUCUUCUCGACGAUAUUGAUGGGGCGAGUGACAGUGGGGAGUCCACACACAAGGCUGAGGCCCCUGCCCUCCCUGGCAGCCUAGGGGCUGAAGUUUCAGGAUCUCUUAUGUUCAGCGGCUUGUCUGGAAGCAAUGGUGGGAUCAUGUGCAACAUUUGCCACAAAAUGUACAGCAACAAGGGAACCCUGAGGGUGCACUACAAAACCGUGCAUCUGCGAGAAAUGCACAAGUGCAGAGUUCCCGGGUGUAAUAUGAUGUUUUCCUCCGUGCGAAGCCGAAACCGGCACAGUCAAAACCCCAAUCUCCACAAACACAUUCCCUUCACUUCAAUAGAUUAGUCCCAGAAUGGACAUCACAAAUGCCAGCUCUCACCAGAUGGCCUACCUGUUUGAACUGCCACAGCCAGUGUGUGCUUCCUUGGCCGGGGGCGUGUAUCGUGCGCACAUAUGUAUGCUUCUCUGUCUACACACGUGCACACAUACACAUUUUCUUUUCUUUAGAUAAAAAUGAUAAACACUAGGUGCUUUUGAAUUUUUUUUCUUUUUCCUUUAUAGUUUUGGGAGAGGGGUGGGACCCUGAACUUGGGAUGAAAACGAAGUACCCCUUCAAAUACAGACACACAUAUAAAGCUGCAACUAGCCCCACUUUAUUGACAGAGUAAUUCUUGGUCUUCUCCAGAGAGACGUUUUGUUGUACCCAUGACUGUUGCCUGCAAAAAUAAAAGGGAAAAAAAGAGAAAACAAACAAAAAGUAACUUCUAGUUGUCUUUUGUGAAUUUUAAGGUUUUGAGAGAAUCUUCAAAUAAGCAUGGCAGAUUCAUCUGUAAAUAUAUAGCCUUGAGAGGCCAAUGAUGUAAACAAUUGUUUUGAUGGUUAACUCGUCUUUAAUUUUGACAGUUACAUCCAGCUGUUAGAUAUGCAGGAAAAAAAUAGUUUGGCUAGCUGUAUUCAUUUUUGUUAGCAUUAAUGCACAUUUUCUUUUUUCAAAAAAACAUGGUCUUGUUUUUACUACCUGUUAGAUAUAGUGAUAAAGAGGUGCUGGCAUGCUUUACAGCACAGAUCUGAUUUUUAAAAUGUCCUGUACUAGUACAUAAAUCCAGUCAUGCACUUUUUUCAUACACUACAAGGGGAUGUGUAAUAUCCAUGCUUCUUUUUUAUCCUAUUGCCAUACUUCAGUAAGUGUCUUUCUUAAAAAAAAAAAAAAAAACCACUUGUAUAAAAAUGGUCUGGUCAGUGUAGGGCACAAAUACAAAACAAAAGGUGUUAGUGGUAACACAGAACUGCCAACUUUGCACAAGUUUUCAGAAAAGAAAAUACAACUAGUCACUCAACCACAGGCCGGCUUGUUGGCCACCAGAAACCGCUUAAAAAAGAAAACAAAAAAACUUGAUGAUUCUUUCAAGUGCCGAAUGUUAUUAGAAUCAACAUUGCAUCCUUCUUUUGUACAUGUUAAGUUACAUAAAAGGAAAACAAAGUUAUGUGGUGUGAAACAGCCAAGGCAUUUCUUCUGUAGAAGCAGGAUAAUAUUUCAAGAUACAAAAGCCCAAAUUACUAUGAAACAAAGCUGAAUACGGUAAAGAGUUCAACACUCAUUUCCAAGGCCCUCACCCUUAUCCUUUGAAAAGAAAGAAAAAGUCUGAGCUGGGGUGAUCUGUUGUGUGGCGGUCUCAUUUAUGGAAAAUUCUGCAGUAGCUCUGCCCGCCUAAUAGACAAAAUCAAAAGCUGUUUCAGAGCAGCUGUUCUUGGAAGCUCUGAGAACACGUGCUGAACUUGAAUUGAGCAGCUUUCCUCCCUGGACGUGCAGAGGAUGAGACAGUGAGACUGUGUACUAUUUUGUGUUUCCCCACACAGAUUUGUCAGAGAAAGGAAAGCCUGAAACCAAGCAAUUGAGAGUGAGAACAGGGCGGGGGAGGCUGCUCCAAACCUUUUUGUUUUGUUUUGUUUCUGAUGUUUACACGUGUUGCCUGAGCUGGUUAACCACAUCGGCAGCCUCUGCUACCACAGCAUACUGACUAAAUACUGAUAUUUACUCAAGUUCAGUCUGCAGCCAGAACUGCUAUGGUGUGCAUUGCAGACUGCGUUCUGUUGUCUUUUUCUUUUUUUUUUUUCCGGGGGGGGGGGACCUCAUAAACAGUAAUAUUUUGUCAGACAGUACAUAUAUAAUAUAAAGAGAAUGUAUUUCUUUUCUGCAUUUAAUGGCCUCAAACAUUUCUCCCAUCAGUCUAAAACGUAGAAAUAUCCUUUAUUUUCAAUUUUCCUAUCAUUUCCAUUUUUCAUGUUUUAUAAUUAUGUUUUUUAUGUUCACAUCAGCAUUUACUUCCGUUAAAUUUGCCAAAGGAAACUGUCAGUACGUUUCUGUUAUUAUUCCUAUACGAUUUAUUGUACCUCACAGUAUUUAUUUUUUUUCCAAAAUCAAGCAUCAUUCAUUGGGUGGUUCAGUCGUUUUUAUUUUUUAAAAUUUCUGAACAGUAGAUUCUUAAAGAUAAGCUAGGUGUUUCUAGGGGCUUUACCUUUUCACCUCCUCCUGAGGAUGCCAUGGGUUUGGCUUGAUUCUUCGUUUGUUCUACAGUGAGGAAAGACCAAAAGUAUUUGCAGUAAAAAGAAACUAAUCAAACACUAUGUCUGUUAAAUGACAAAUGUUUACGGUAAAAAAGCUGAGGAGUUAGUAAUAACCUUUGUUUGUUUUCUUGUACCUUUGACUUCCCCAAAGUCUUAUUUGCUUUAUUUUGGUGUUGUGUUCAGUUGAGUACACAGAUGUUUUCCUUUGUUUUAUAACAUACGAGACUCUGUACAAUGUGUUUGUGAAAGACUGAACUAGAAUAAUGAACAUUUAUUUGCAAACA